AUGCGGUCGAUAAACGAGCCCGUCGUAUUGGCUCUUGAUGAAGAGAAGAGGCCACAGGGGGAUUUUGGCCGUGUGAAUGCCAAGACCGCCGAGGGAGGAAUACCUCAAGGUCUCAGUAUAAUGAAUCUUAUCGAUUUUUUGGUUGGUCACCAAGACGAAAGUUCAACAGACGAGUUCCUGGACAUUCUCUCAAACGAAUCUCCACGCAUCGAAGAAAAGCUUGACCAUCUAUUCAAAGCAACUCAUCCGCGCACCAUUCUCGAUCUCGAGCUCCUUGAGCUUAAGAGCGAAAGAUUGUCCGCAUGGCGCGACACUGUUGUGGACGCACCAACCCCUUUGAAAUACAAGUACGAUCGCAACCUCAUUUUUUCUGGCGCGGAAUUCAGCAGCAUAGAGGAAUAUACCGCAGCUCUGGCCGCUAUCAUGAUGUACGACAAAUGCGGCUUACUGCAAAUGGGCCUCUACCAAGAUGGCCGCGAAGAGAUACGAAAACCAGCACGCAAGAUUGUGGGCGAGAGAAAAAUCAAGCCCCUGAUUGUACUACUCAUGCCUUGGACGUUGAGGAUAAUGUGUGAUGCGGUGGCCGCAGUUGCAAAUAACUUGGAGACGCCUGAGAUUGAAGCCGAAUGUGUGGGCCCUCAAGAGAUUUACAAAUCUCUCACGCGCCUGAUGAUGGAUCUAGGAGAGGCCAUGGUAAGAUGUGAGGGUGUGGAAACUUAUCUCGCCACCAGUUUGUUCUUAUUUUUGACAGCGGAAGAGGUUUAUUCCCAUCUUAAAGAGUCGGAUCAAAUCGCUCUCCGAUCUAUCGUAGUGGCGUUCCUCAGGAACUAUGUUACUUCACUCUUGCUGGUUGAGUCAAUCGAUUCUCAAACACACAGCCCUAAAUUGGCAAAGUUGGCAAAGGUGACUGCAUAG